AUGUCUGCGUCGGACAGCGGUUCCGUCGCAGGGCUGGGGGAAGAGACCUCAGCCACGCAACAGCAACACGCCGAGGAUCCGGCGAUUGCGAGGCUGGAGGGCCAGUUAUCGCAACUGAUGAGCGUAGUGAUGGAGUUGAAGAGGAAGGAGCCUGGUGACGCCGUGGCGGGCGAUGCCAGUAGGGGCAGCGGUGCUGCCGUCCCAAGCCAGAGAGAGGCUCUGCCGCCUGGGGGCGGCGGGGCAUUUUCCCGGGAAACGGCCCGUGAUGGGCGAAAUCACCCGCGGGAAAGCAGCUGGGACAACAUACCGGGAGCGAGUCCUGGGGUUCCAGCGAGAGUGACGACUGGCUGGGCAAGUAGAUCGGGAGCGAAUCCUGUGGGGCCAGCCGGAAUGAGCCCGGGCGUAGGACCGGACCGCGGGGAAGCGAGGGGGUUAAGCCCCCAAGGCUUGGACGGGCAGCUUAUCGGCAACGCCGAGAAGCACGCACCCGUCGGUGACCCAAACAGGCCUAGCUCGGAGCUGUAUAGCUUGGGCUACACAAGUGAUGAGGUUCAGAGGGGCCUCCAGGCGUUCCACUUUGUGACUACAGCCAUCGUCCGAGAAGCCGACAAGGCAAUCGUGAACAAAUGCGAGACCGCAAAGGAAAUUCUUGCGGAACUCGACAAAGUACACAACCCGGAGUCGCAGGGCUCGAAACAAGCCCUCAUGAAGAAGAUGUUUCGAUUCACGAUCCCCGCACACAGCAACAGCAACCCUGUCGAGCAUCUAUACACGCUCGAGCUGCUGUACUCACGACUGCGGGAAAAAGGGCUCAACGCUGACACACCCUUUGUUCUCGCACACUUUGUCGAUGCCCUUCCACCCGAGUACCAACAAGCCAAAUUCUUGUUGGAGACGGCUACAACUCUGGACCGGGGCGAGAUAAUCAGGGUCGUCAGUACCGUGCACGCGAGCCUCCCGGAGGGGAGGAGGGCCACGAAGGGCCAGCGGAAGGCGGAGCAUGCUUUCCUCGCGAGCGACGGUGGCAACAGGGGCGGAGCGCCCGGCCGCAGCAGCGGCGGCCACAGCAAGGGCGGCGGCGGCGGUGGCAGCCAGAAGGGGAAAGGGGGUGGUCGCAAGGGCGGUGGUGGUGGCAACAGCGGCGGAGGCGGCGGCGGUGCAGGUAGCAUGCACGGCCGCUGCUUCCGGUGCGGAGAGAAGGGUCACCAGGCGGCCGCCUGUACCAAGCCGGAGCCCCUGCGAUGCGAGAAAUGCCUGGGCUACGGACACGACAAGAGCAAGUGCUCGUCCGAGCAGGCGGUGCUCGCGGUGGAGCUGCCGGUCUUGGACGCCACCGCACUGGACGUGGCAGAGGAGGCGCUAGUGGUCCGUGACUUCACAGGCGAGUGGAACAGAGUCGUUGAUCGAGGGGGUGUAGAGCAGGCCAGGCAGGAAAGGUUUGUCGCCGAUACCGGCGCACCCAACCACAUGUUCCCGAGAGCUAACGCGUUCGAAAACUACCAUGAGUGCGAUCGACGUUUGAGUGUCGCCGCAGGGAAGCAAGCCUUCGCCAUAGUAGGCUACGGCGACGUGAGGGUGACCAUCGGUUCUCGCGUUGGGACCACAGACCUGCUGUUGAAACGGGUCGCUCAUGUGCCGGAGCUGAAUUACAACCUCGUGUCCCUCACAGCCCUUUUGAAGCAAACCAAGGGCCGCUUAGCCGCAGACGAGCGUGAGUUGGAGGUGUUCGUUGGUGGGGGGGAGCCGGUGUACUUCCCUCUAUGGGGGGAGCUGUUCGUUCAGACUGGUCACCGCAUAGGCUCAGGUAGGGAACUAGCCUGUGCCAUAAUUGCUCCUGGUAACGCGAAAGCGAACCGCACCCCCGUUGACAUCAACGACUUCCACUGCGCGCACGGCCACUCCCACGAGGUGCUGCUGAUAUUCACGAUCCCCGCACACAGCAACAGCAACCCUGUCGAGCAUCUAUACACGCUCGAGCUGCUGUACUCACGACUGCGGGAAAAAGGGCUCAACGCUGACACACCCUUUGUUCUCGCACACUUUGUCGAUGCCCUUCCACCCGAGUACCAACAAGCCAAAUUUUUGUUGGAGACAGCUACAACUCUGGACCGGGGCGAGAUAAUCAGGGUAGUCAGUACCGUGCACGCGAGCCUCCCGGAGGGGAGGAGGGCCACGAAGGGCCAGCGGAAGGCGGAGCAUGCUUUCCUCGCGAGCGACGGUGGCAACAGGGGCGGAGCGCCCGGCCGCAGCAGCGGCGGCCACAGCAAGGGCGGCGGCGGCGGUGGCAGCCAGAAGGGGAAAGGGGGUGGUCGCAAGGGCGGUGGUGGUGGCAACAGCGGCGGAGGCGGCGGCGGUGCAGGUAGCAUGCACGGCCGCUGCUUCCGGUGCGGAGAGAAGGGUCACCAGGCGGCCGCCUGUACCAAGCCGGAGCCCCUGCGAUGCGAGAAAUGCCUGGGCUACGGACACGACAAGAGCAAGUGCUCGUCCGAGCAGGCGGUGCUCGCGGUGGAGCUGCCGGUCUUGGACGCCACCGCACUGGACGUGGCAGAGGAGGCGCUAGUGGUCCGUGACUUCACAGGCGAGUGGAACAGAGUCGUUGAUCGAGGGGGUGUAGAGCAGGCCAGGCAGGAAAGGUUUGUGGCCGAUACCGGCGCAACCAACCACAUGUUCCCGAGCGCUAACGCGUUCGAAAACUAUAAUGAGUGCGACCGACGUUUGAGUGUCGCCGCAGGGAAGCAAGCCUUCGCCAUAGUCGGUUCUCGCGUUGGGACCAUAGACCUGCUGUUGAAACGGGUCGCUCAUGUGCCGGAGCUGAAUUACAACCUCGUGUCCCUCACAGCCCUUUUGAAGCAAACCAAGGGCCGCUUAGCCGCAGACGAGCGUGAGUUGGAGGUGUUCGUUGGUGGGGGGGAGUCGGUGUACUUCCCUCUAUGGGGGGACCUGUUCGUUCAGACUGGUCACCGCAUAGACUCGGGUAGGGAACUAGCCUGUGCCAUAAUUGCUCCUGGUAACGCGAAAGCGAACCGCACCCCCGUUGACAUCAACGACUUCCACUGCGCGCACGGCCACUCCCACGAGGUGCUGCUGAAGAACACGGCGAAGCAGCAAGGGGUGACGCUGGUGGGCCAGCUCCGGGAGUGCAUGGGGUGCUCGACGGCAAAGGGGCUAUCCAAGCCCAUCCCCAACAGGACGUCCACCCGUGCACCGCUGCCUCCCAUUGCAGAGGAGGACGAGGAGCUCACGACUGGGGAGCACGAGGGCGGGGAGGGUGCGUCAUGCCACGGUGGAGGGAGGGCGGAGGGAGAACCUGAGGAUGGAGGUUUCCACCUUGACACGACGGCAAACCCGGGGCCCGCGGAGCCGCCCGCGCGUGAUGCGCCGGCGGCGCCGCCGGCCGCGCCCCAGGAGUCGGGCGCGGGCGACGCUGGCGAUGGCGCCCCCUCGAGCAGGGAGGGCGCGAGCGUCGCCCCAUCUACCACGUCGACCGGGAUGGCCGAUGUGGGCGGCGGCGAGGACGACCGUCGCAGCAGCAGCAGCAGCGGUAGCGGCAGUGACAGCAGCAGCAGCAGCAGCAGCAGCAGCAGCAGCAACAGCAGCGGUAGCGGCAGUGACAGCGGCAGCGACACGGACAUCCCGGCCCUCCGCGGGCCCGAGGGACGGAAGCUCGCCCGCUUUGGCGAGCCGGCGGAGCUCACCAGCCGCCGACUCAGGGAGAACCCUCGCCGGAACAUGAGGUACGAGUCGUCGCCGUCGCCAACGAGUGCCGAAGGCCUGCUCGCCCGCCAUGCGUCGGCGGCGGGGCUGCCCAUCCCGCUGGAUGCUCGUCAACAGCAUCACACCCACUGGAUGAUCGCGUGUGUGGUCGACGUGGUGGAAGAGCUAGAGGCGAGGGCGGUGCAAGCGCUGCUGUGCGAGCGCGCGGAGGAGGCCAACAUCGCGCGCCAAGAGGUAGAGGACUUUCUGCUAGGAGUGGAGGACCUCGUGCUCAACUCUCCAGACGCCUUCGUGAGGGCCCUGGCGUCGACCGAGCUGAGUACAGAAUCCCCCAUAAGCAAGCGACCGAAGCGGGAUGACGAGAGUGGAGGGGAGUGGCCGGUGAGGGAGGCCAUCGGCAGCAUGAUGUGGGUGUCGACGUUCUCGCGCCCGGACAUCUCGUUCGCCGUGCGUGCGGUAGCGCGCCACGCCCAUGCCCCUGCCGAGGGGCACUGGAAGGCGAUCGUGAAGAUCCUCGCAUACCUCAAAGAGACGAGGGACCUCGGGAUCACCUACAAACGGGGAUCGGGGUUGGGGCUCAAACCUGUGAGCUCGAAGUGGCGCUUCACUUGGAAGACAAACAAGGACGGAAAAAUUGAGAAGUUCAAAGCGCGUCUGGUCGCUAGGGGGUUUUCGCAAAUCCCGAACGUGGACUACUUCCACUCAUCCUCCCCUUGCCCAUCAUCCGCAUCCAUUAAACUGAUGCUUGCGGUAGCCAACGAGAAAUCGCUGAAACUCAACCACUGGGAUGUCAAGCAGGCGUUUACACACGCUAAGUUGGACGAGGAUGUGUUUCUGAGGCUCCCCGCGGGGUGCGGGGAAAAAUCCCACAAAGUUGUGAAGGCUGAGCGUGCUAUUUACGGCUUGAAGCAGAGCGGCAGGCAGUGGGGGUACCACGCUGCCGAUACUCUUGUAGAAAACGGGUUCGAGCAGUGCAAGGCUGACCCGUGCGUCUUCCGCAAGAUGAAAGACGAUGUCGUGGUGAUGAUUAUCGUGAUUUAUGUGGAUGACAUUUUGGUGGCUGGGUCUGAUGAUGAUUGCAAGGAGUUGCUUGCUUCCCUCAACAAGGCAUUCCCCACCAAAGACCUUGGAGAGUGCGUGUGGUUCGACGGGUGUGCCGUCGAGAGAGACCUAGAGGCUGGGAUGACCCUUAGAAUCUCCCAAACCGCGUACAUUGACAUCGUGAAUCGCUUUGAUGUGCAGUCGACCUCCUCCAUCCCUGCUUCCCCUGGUGUCGAUAUAGGACCGAAGCGGGAUGACGAGAGUGGAGGGGAAUGGCCGGUGAGGGAGGCCAUCGGCAGCAUGAUGUGGGUGUCGACGUUCUCGCGCCCGGACAUCUCGUUCGCCGUGCGUGCGGUAGCGCGCCAUGCCCAUGCCCCUGCCGAGAGGCACUGGAAGGCGAUCGUGAAGAUCCUCGCCUACCUCAAAGAGACGAGGGACCUCGGGAUCACCUACGAACGGGGAUCGGGGUUGGGGCUGGAGGUGUACGUGGACGCUAGCUACGCCGACGCUGAGGAUAGGCGUUCGGUGUCAGGGCUGGCAACAACGGUUGGAGGGACCGUCAUCAGCCACGGUAGCAAGACGCAAGCUAUCGUAUCUUUGUCGUCUACGGAGGCAGAGUACAUUGCUGCCGGGGAGGGUGUGAAGGAAGCUUUGUUUGUGCGUGCAGUGCUUUCGUUUAUUGCCCCAGAGACCAGUGGCAGUAGCAUUCAGGUCCUUGAGGACAAUCAGGGGGCUAUGGCUUUGGUGCAGAACCCCCUCAGCUCAGCGCGUAGCAAGCACAUCGACGUGAGGUACCACUUCAUUCGUGGAUUGUUCAGGUCGGGGGACAUCUCGAUCAAGUUUGUGUCGACGUCGGAGCAGCAUGCCGACAUGCUUACCAAGGCUCUUAGCAAGAGCAGUCUGCAGUACCACCGGCGCAAGUUGAUGAAUUUGCCGGAGUAG